AUGGUUAAAGAUGUGCCCUCAAAACGAUUUGGCAAGCAAUGUCCCACCAACGAGGAGUACCUGCUAUGCGGCUCGACCUGUCCCACAAACUGCACCAAUAUCAACCCUGACUGCUCCGACGACUGCGCUGAAGGCUGCUUCUGUCUGACCGGCUACGUCAGAGACGCGAAUGGAACUUGCAUCAGCAUUGACAAGUGUCCAGGUCCCAGCCAAUGCGGUGACAACGAGGAGUUCGUGCCCUGCGCCACCGUGUGUCCAGCGACCUGCCGCGUGCCGGAGCCCGAGGUCUGCGGUGCAGCUUGCGGGAUGGGCUGCUUCUGUAAAGACGGCUUCUACAGAGACGAGAGGAGUAAAAAGUGUGUUACCCUGGACAACUGCCCUGCUGGGGCUAUCACGUAA